UUUAUUUUAAUUCGUAAUGGUGAGCGGGUAGACCUGACUUCACUGCCGGCUACAGAACGUCGUCAGACGAAGGAAAUUACCAAAUAUGAUCAGUUUUCAACUAUUUCUUCUUACAACAUUGAUGGUUAAUGUAUGGAGCAAUCUGAACAGUCCCGUCAGGUUCAAAUAUUUGACGAACGAGAUCUUAAAAUUAAAUAUUGUACUGAAAAAUGUACCUCCCGAUAUCACACAGUAUCUGCUUCACGUGCAAACAGACCGACACCCACCGAACAUAUCAAGAAUAGACCCUCAAGACGGAAUAUACACUAUACAAUCUAGACUGAAUGUCAAGUAUGUAGUGGUUGAUUUGGAGAUCAAAGACAAUAGUCAUGCGUCUUGCGCUACUCUUAAUAUCCUAAAUGGCACAAAGAGUAUGGGCGUGAAUGAACGAUCUGAAUUCGAGCGACAAUGUUUGAUGAAUUAUGAUAAAAGAUACUGUUCAAUAGAAGUAGAUUUCAAGAACACAUGUAAAGAUUCGCGUUUGGAAUGUAAUAUAAAAGAGAAGACAUUAAUCUGUUUCUCUGGUAACAUUGAGCGUUCCGAGGUGACAUGGUCUCAGCAAUAUAUAGAACAUAAAGGUCGUUAUUUUGGACUUCAGACUAAAGUGAACGGGACAAGUUAUAUAAAAAUGAAAAUUUACAAAUUCGACAACAACUCUGAGGUCUCGAUGAAAUCGACAUUUUCAAAGAAAUAUUACACCGUGUCAAUACCGGUGGAUGAAGCUGAGGAUUACGAGAUUGAGACAUUGUAUAUUGAUAAGAAAAAUACUACCUACACGUUUACCUGUAGAGAUGCUAACAGCAAAGUCGGCGUUUUGUAUGAUAACAGUUCAAAGUUGACGAUUUACGCAAAUAACAUUGAAAGUUGGAGUAGGCAGAGUGAACCACUCAACAGAUAUGUUUGUUGUGUCCAACACAAGAUUUAUAAUAAGGACGACGGUUUGGGCAUAGAAAGAAUAGUCAAUCAAUUUACACAAAUACGUGACAAACCCACACAAGAAAUUAUAAAACCAAUGUGCACAUUGCAAGCAGGCUAUAUUUUGCACUGUGAGUGCAUGGAAACUCAAAAUGAUUCAUUACACAACUACAAGUGGUCACAAGUCACUACUGAAAACGACGAAAUUGGUACAAAAGAUAAAGAAAUAUGGUCGUAUGAAACGAAAUCACCGAUUCUGAAGAUGCUCAUUUAUAAAUUUGAUAAUAAUACUAUGAUAACAUGCGAAAAAAAAUCACAGGGCACCACGAAACAAACUAAUAAUAACCCAAUUUCUAAGACAUAUACGAUAAAAAUACCAGGGGGUAAAACAGUACAAUACAAUACGUGGAAAGAUAUAAAUGAAACUAUUUCCUUCUCCAACUCUGAAAAGGUCCAGGUCAACUGCUCAACGAACGCAUUGGUGGGUUUAAUCUACCACAAGGAUGAAAUAAUUGAGCGACAAUAUUCGACAUCUUUUUCUAUCAAGAACCAUGCUCAUACAUUGUACAAAGCUUGCUGUAUUUACUUCGAAAAUAUCGGUGCCGAUUUAAUAAGAGAAAUCAAACACAUUUCGCUACUUGUAAAUAUCCAAACAAACGAUCCAGUUACUCCGAAGACGACAACAUCGCCUGUGGAACCAGUGUCCGAUAACCAGGACGAAGCAGAGUCUACUACAAGCAACGUUGGACUCUAUAUAGUCCUACCGACAUUACUAAUUGUUAUUAUUCUACUUUUAAUAAUUGCUUUACGUUUCAAGAAACGACUGAAUCCUCGAGAAUCGCAGCAAAUGCUUCAAUUAGAGACUUAUGGCACCACUGAAAAGGUUCUGUAUGCAGAAUUGGCACUACAACCAAGGAAUGAUGUUCGAGUGCCAGUUCAAACCAACGAAUCGCCAUAUGCAGAAAUAGUUGGAGUACUGAAUGAAAACCGGGGUAAACCACCGCAACUAACUAGGUCAAGAGCGGCUUAAGCCUAAAGAGGCGUAGUUAGUACGAAUUUCAUUUUCGUUUAAAGUAUUCGAUACGCGUACGCGUGCGGCGCUCUGAUUGGCCGGCGCCAAUGAACCAACCAAUCAGAGCGCCGAACGCGUACUCGUUACGUUUACUAACGUACAACUAAUUCGUACUAAGGUCUCAGAGCACCCUUAGGCAAGCACCUUGUAGGCGCAUCUAACUUUUUUGCACUUUAUAAGCAGUUGGGCACAAGCGCUUAAGCUCUGUAACCAGGCGCCCUAGGCAUUUGCGUAGAGAUAUACGGCCCUGAAUUAGGUACAGAACAAAAAAUAAUGUACCAUACACAUCAUUUUGGCCGAAAUGUGUUAUAUUAUAUAUUAUUUGUAAAUAGUUAUCUUUAAAAUCCUUUUUUGUUACAUAUUUUAUCUAGUAAUAUUUUUUAUAGGAACUCUAUGGCGGAGUAACCAGUUGCCGCUAUAAAUAAAAUGUAUACAACUCUAUAGAGUUCCAUUUGGAAUCUGCUUGGUUGCGCAACCAGCUUGUAUAUUUUGUUGGUAGCGGCGACUGGUUUCGCCGCCAUGGUGUACCGAUUAAAUAUAUCCCUAAGGAAACAUUAUUUAAGUGUUAAUCAGUUUCUUAUGUCUUUGUCAAUGUUUUAAUUGUUAGUUAUGUAUUUAAAAUUGUACUGAAUAUUAGAUAUUAUGUACCUAUGUGCCUAUGUACAGUUUUUAUAUGUAUGGUGCUCUAUUGUAUGUGUGUACAUAAUAAAUAAAUAUUAAAUGUUAAUAUAGUUUAUUUUCCUGUCAAAUAUAUAUUUCUGUUUAGGUAAAUUCACAUAAUUAGAAUUACGGUUUUUGUCCCCGAAGGGGUAGGUAGAGGGGCAAAUUACGUCACUUAAUCCCACUGUACAAUGUAC